AUGUCUACCUUCGACGUGCCUAGCAAGGCGUUGAUGAUUGUACUCAGCAGCGCGGCUGGUUUAACAGCGGAAAAGAGAAAACAGCAAGGCCAGCAGGAACUUUUUUACCAGUUCAGCAGAAAAUCGCAGGGCUAUUUUUCGUUCAACGUUCUAGCUCUAAGGUUACGCGAUAAUAAGGUACACCGCCAACAGAAAAACGCUCUAACAAGAAGCAAUGGUAAUGUUUUGUUAAUAAUCGCUCAUCCUGAUGAUGAGUGCAUGUUCUUCGGCCCCUUGCUCUUAAAAUUGUUACAAGAACCAAAAGUCAAUAUUUACGUUAUAUGCCUCUCUAGUGGUAAUUUUAAUGGUCUUGGCAGUUCAAGAAAAAGAGAAUUUUUUAAAAGUUGCACAGCUUUAGGUCUUAAAGAAGAAAAUUGUUUUAUAGAGGACAUAUUUAACCUUGCAACCUGUCAAUUCCUCGACAACCCUUUAGAAGAAUGGCCAAAAGAAAGUAUUGCAGAGUUGGUUUUUGAGUUUAUUAAAAAGUACAACAUAAAUCUGAUAUUUACUUUUGAUGAAAAGGGAAUCUCUGGGCAUCUCAAUCAUCGCUCUAUAUACUAUGGCCUGAGGAAUCUUGAUUUCUUUAUGAAAUCAUUCUUUUCCAAUAAUUCUAGAUUUUUAAUAAAAAAGUUGAGCCAAAAGGAAGUACCUACCGUGCUUACCUUAACUUCUGUGAGUAUUUUUAGAAAGUACAUCGGAAUCUUUGACCUUCUUUUUUCUGCGCACCAAGAAAGAAUAUGUGUGUCAAGUGCCGAGCAGGUUUCUGUCAUUCGGAAAGCAAUGCGAGCACACCACUCCCAGUACGUCUGGUUUAGGAAACUUUACGUCUAUUUUUCGCGUUACGUGUACAUCAACACUUUUACGGCUAUGAAAUAA